UAUUUUCUUUGAUGACGCAUUUCAAUGCGUUCAUAAAUGCCAAGGGAGUUGCAUAAAUGAAAAUGAAACCCAAGUAAAUGAAUAUGUCAUUAAAUUUGUUAAGACAGUGGAGCAAAAUUUAAAAAAAAUGAGAAUGCGUGCGAGACCUCCUGAAAAAUGUCCAACUCCUUUUGGAGGACGUUUAAAAUGGAUUUUACCUGGUGGAUGUAAUUUAGUUGUUUAUCUUAAAGACAAAAACAAAAUUCGCCACAGAAAACGUUGGAGCCAGGUAAUGUACAUGUACUAUUUGCUAGGCUACAAUUUAAUGGAACUGCCAAUCGAUUUAGAGCAAAAAGCGAAAAUUGCAGAGAACACUUAUAUUUUAACUUUAGACGGAGAUAUAGAUUUUCAUCCGAGCGCUGUUAAAACUUUGAUAGAUUUGAUGAAAAGAGAUAAAAGUUUAGGCGCAGCUUGUGGUCGAAUACAUCCGAUUGGACAAGGUCCAAUUGUGUGGUUUCAAAAAUUUGAGUACGCCAUAGGUCACUGGCUACAAAAAUCAACGGAACACGCAAUCGGUUGUGUUCUCUGCAGUCCAGGAUGCUUUUCACUCUUUCGAGCAAAAGCCCUAAUGGAUUAUAAUGUUAUGAGGAAAUAUGCCACAGAAUCAACUGAAGCACGACAUUAUAUUCAAUAUGAUCAGGGAGAAGAUCGAUGGCUUUGCACUCUUAUUCUGCAAAUGGGUUACAGGGUAGAAUAUUCUGCGGCAAGUGAUGCUUAUACUCAUGCACCGGAAAAUUUUAAUGAAUUUUUCAUUCAACGUCGACGAUGGAUUCCUUCGACAAUGGCAAAUAUUUUUGAUUUAUUGAGUACUUCCGAGGAAACAAGAGAAUGCAAUAACGAUAUAUCGUCUUUAUAUAUUUUUUACCAAUGGGUAUUAAUGGGAGCUACUAUUAUUGGACCAGGAACUAUUUUCUUAAUGUUAGUAGGAGCUUUUGUUUCUGCUUUUCGAAUCAACAAUUACACUAGUUUUUCCUUCAAUUUCAUUCCGUUAUUGUUGUUUAUAAUUGCAUGCCUAUACUGCAAGGAGUCUAUACAAUUAAAGUUAGCGGAGAUAAUUUCAACAAUUUACGGAUUAAUCAUGGGCAUUGUCCUAGUGGGAAUAGUACUUCAAAUUUCUGAGGAUGGACUUCUCGCACCGAGCACCUUGUUAUUCUUUAUAAUAACUGGUCAGAUAGUAAUAGCAGGAUUUCUUCAUCCUCGAGAAGUGUCCUGUCUUAUUUGCAUAGUUAUUUACUAUCUCACUGUGCCUUCCAUGUAUAUGCUUUUAAUUAUUUUUGCUCUUUUUAAUCUUCACAACAUCUCUUGGGGAACUCGAGAUGCCAAACCGCCUGUCAAUCCUAAUACCGAAAUUAAUGAAGAAGACGCUGAGAAAAAUGCAGAUAAAAAGAAAAAUGACAAAUAUUCUGCAAUUAAGGACUUGAUUGAUUUUAUUUUGGAUAAAUUAUUUAAAUGCUGUAUGUACAGUGGAGAAUCAAAAGAAGAAAUGAAAAUCAAUCAUUGUAUUCAAACGCUCUCACGAAUAGAGGAAAGACUGAAAAUAAUCGACAAAAAAGUUGACGAUAAUCCUGAGUCAAUUGUUGAAUGUGUCAAUUCGGUAAUUCACGAAAAAGAAUCAGUUAUUUUAACCAUGAGUAAAUCAGAAAAAGACAGUGUUAUUGACACUAAAUCAGAAGAAGAAAUUUUCUUCGAUAAAGAUAGUUCCAGUUAUAGAACUCGUAUAGAAUCUAGUUGUGAAUUUGAAGAAUCUGAAUGUUCCGAAAGUGAAAGUGACAGUAUCAGUGACGAUAGAAGUUCUUUGGAAUCUGUUAAAAAUGAUACCGACUUCAUUGUCAAUCCCCCAUGGAUAUUUGAUGCCGAAUUGGGAAAAGGUGGAGUGAGUUUUAUCAUUAAGAAAGAAGAAAACUUUUGGAACGAUGUCAUUGAAGCUUAUUUAAAACCAAUUCCAAUGGAUGAAGAAACUAGAAAGAAAAAUGAAAAAGUUGCAAAGGAUUUGAAAGAUUUGCGGAACAAGUGUGUUUUUCAAUUUUUAAUGAUAAACACACUGUAUGUACUAAUGAUUUUUGUGAUGCAACUCAACAAAGAUAAACUUCAUAUAGAAUGGCCAUUUGGAGCAACUUACAAUAUCACUUAUGACAAUGAAAAUCCAUAUAUAAUUCACGUUGAAGAAUAUUCUUUACGUCUCGAACCAAUUGGUUGUGUUUUCAUUGUAACAUUCUUCAGUAUUAUUUUCGUUCAAUUUGUAUCAAUGUUGUUUCACCGAUUUGAAACAUUUUCUCAUUUGUUGGCUCAAACCUCUUUAGAUUUGUAUUGUUGCAAAAAAACUGGCCUUUCUGAUAAGACUAUUGUAAACCGGUAUCACGACAUAUUUUCCAAAUAUCUGCUAAAAGCUUACGAUAAAAUGAUUCAAGGUGACACAAUAAGAGCCAUGCAACCACCUGAAACUAGAAAAACUAUUCUUGACCAUACAGAACGCAAGGAGUCGUUUAUUAUGGACAAUUUUGAUACACUAUUUCAUGAAUAUUUGGAUAGAAGUGAUUUGGCUGAAAAAUCGGGAAAAUUUAAUCAAAGUGUAAUAAAUGUUAUGAACCAUCGUUCUACUCUUCAUAGAACUGAACAGAGAGAAAAAACUUCGAGUCCUAUUUAUGAAAGUGCAUACGAUUUGAGGAAAAGUCCACCAAAAGAAGAAAAUUCUAGGAAUCAUUCUUCUCAUGAUAAUGAUGGUUUCACUUCAGACUAAUCUCAUUAAAUUUUUUCUUAACAAUUUUAUUUUUAUUGCCUCAAUCAGAAAUUAAAAUAAAUAUACCAAACUUGCGAAGCAAAAAUAUAAUAAUAAUCCCUACAGAUUAUAUGACGCUAAUUUAUAAUAGACAACCCAAAAUGGAAGUUGGGUGUCAAAAAUAGUAAAUAAUAGUAAAAUAAUAAAAGUAUUAAUUAUAAAAUGCUUGCAUUGUGAAAAAUAGCAGUGACAUAGUGACAAUAGUGACAAAGGGGUUUAAAAAAAAGACUGUAAUCAAUGUCCAAAAAUUGGCAAAUUUUUGACAUUUGAUAUUAAAUUGAAAAGAUAUUUAACUACCUGGAUAAAAAUUUCUUUAGAAAUAAUAAAUGUUCAAUUUCAUACUUUAA